CACCCCUCACCCUGAGGCCGUGUGCAAAAGCGAAAGUUACAAACUUGUUUACUUAGAGACUAUUCUCACCCUCUCUAUAACAGCACCAUUUGGUCCGUGCUCUUUCGGAGUGCAGAAGGGGAGAGGCCAAAACAAUUCAACUGACAAGAGACUAAAACUCAGUUCAGAGAAAAGAAAAGGCCAAACCCAUCGAGCCGGACAAGGUGAAAGAACAACAGGAGAUUCUUGUUACCCCUACAGCAGACGUAGAGCAUCACCCUCGUCCUCUUCUCCCGUUUCUGUCUCAUUACUAAUCACCAACGAUAUAAAGAUGAGUGAGUGUGGAUCUUCAGCACCCAGUUCUGUUUCUGUGACAAGUCGACACUCCAAAGAUUAUCCUCCAGAAUUCAAACCACCAAGAAAAAGAAAGAGGACAUCUGAGGAGUUAUCAACAUACAGCUUUGUGUCUCGGAGGACGGAUCACUCCAAAGAUUAUCCUCCAGAAUUCAGCAAUCAACCCGUCCAGCCAAAAGUUCCUAAAAUCAGGAAGAUGAUGAAACCUCCGGGAGAAUCAACAUCUUCUACCGCCAGUUUUGUUUCUGAGAAGAGUCACCACUCCAAAGAUUAUCCGCCAGAAUUCAGUGAUGAACCCUUCAUAAAAAAAAACUGUGUGCUCGAACAGGUCUUUGAAUCUAAGAGCAUAGACUUCUUAAAGCAAGCUCUGAGAACACAUGAAGAAUUGUUUAAGGAGAAGCAAGAGGACGAAUAUGAUCAACAGCAUGAGAUUGAUGAUGAAACUAAGGAAGCUGCUAUGAAGAUUGCCCUGCAUGUUCUGAGGACCAUGAAGCAGGAUGAAUAUGCCCACACACUCGAGCAAAGUCAUUAUGGGGUAACUGCAAUGUACCAAAAGAUACUUAAACCUGACCUGAAGAAGAAAAAUGAGUGCCUACUGGAAAAUACGCAGAAGUGGCCGGUGCCUCUUCAAAAGAUUUAUACAGAGAUCUAUCUGAUAGAAGGAGACAGUGUAGAUGUCAACCGUGAACAUGAAGUCAGACAAAUUGAAGCAGCAUUCAACAAACGGAAAUCUUUUGAAAUAAAGAUCAGGUGUGAGAACGUCUUCAAGCCCUUACCAAACCAACCGGCCAAACCAAUCAGAACUGUGCUCACCAAGGGGAUAGCAGGCAUCGGCAAAACUGUGUUGACACAGAAGUUCAUGUUGGACUGGUCAACAGAGAAGGCCAAUCAAGACAUCCAACUCUUGUUUUCACUUCCUUUUAGGGAGCUGAAUUUGUUGAAAAAUAAAACAAGAAGUUUGAUGGAGCUCCUGUAUGACUUCUCUCCAGGCCUGAAAGAAUCUGGAAUCACAGACCUGACUCAGUGCAAAGUUCUGAUUGUACUGGAUGGUCUUGAUGAGUGCAGACUCCCUCUGGAUUUCAAUAAAUCUGAGAACUGUUGUGAUUCAUCACAGUCGGCCUCAGUUCAGGUGUUGCUGACAAACCUUAUUGCAGGUCACCUGCUUCCACAAGCUUAUCUGUGGAUAACUACCCGUCCUGCUGCAGCGAGCUGCAUCCCUGGACGGUAUGUCGACCGCUUGACUGAGAUACGAGGUUUCAACAGACAUCAGAAGGAGGACUACUUCCUCAAGAAAAUUGACGAUGAAAACUUGGCCAAAAGAGUUAUCGCAAACAUUAAGUCAACAAGAAGUCUGUACAUCAUGUGC